GGCGAGAAGGAGAGAGAGAGAGAGAGAGAGAGAGCGAGAGGAGGAAAUGAGGAGAAAAAUAGAGUGAGGGAGGAAUUGGAGCAGCGUGACGUUAGGAGCGCACCACAACAAGGAUCCGCUCCAGACUCUCGCAUCUACCUGCGCACACAGAGCACAGCACAGCAGAGCUGCUGUUUUUGGAAGUGAGAGAAAGAGAGAUAGAAACACAGAGAGAGCUGACGACAUAUGGGAAAAAGCGGAUUGUGACUGAAGCAGGACGCUUUCCCUCACUGGAUUCUGUUAUUUAAUGCGAAAACGCCUUUCAUCUUGCAGUGAGCUGCAGAAGAAUCACGGAGACGGAGUAAAGCUCCCCGAGAGACCGACACGCUGAGGUAGACGGCCCGACCUACAUCCGGCUGUUGGUGUGCAGACCGAGGACACUCCUCCGCCAGCUAAACCUUGAACAUCUGACAAAAGCAAGAAUACAAAGCGAAACGGGAGGACUGAUCUGAUCCACUCAGGGUCUGUUGGAGUCUGAGCAAAGAACCCUGCAAGUGGAUAAAUGAGGGUUGCAAAUCCGGAGCUUCAGUUCUUUGUGUCUUAUUUGGACACUUGAGUCCCCUCCCCGUGUAACCACACAGGCGCAGCGCUUUCAUCACGACCUCAACUUUCCAACCUGGCUACCGCGACACCAGAAUGGAAAAUCUGAAUUCAGCACUCUCUUCCUCAGGGAAUGACUUAAACAUUGACAAUUUCGACAGUUACGAGACUGAGUCUCUGUCCUCUCACCCGGGGACGACCCCUCGCAUGGGCCGUCUCAUCAAACCCAAGCCCAACUCUUCCUGCCGGCGGAAGCGGGAGUUCAUCUCCGACGAGAAGAAGGACGCCUCCUACUGGGAGAAGCGCCGCAAGAACAACGAAGCGGCCAAGCGCUCCCGGGAGAAGCGGCGGCUCAAUGACAUGGUUUUAGAAAACCGCGUAAUAGCACUGAAUGAUGAGAAUGUGAGGCUCAAGACGGAGCUGCUCCAGCUGAAACUGCGCUUUGGCCUCAUCAGCACAGCGUCCUACAUCGAGAAGAGCCAACAGAUCGGUGUGGGUAAGAGCACAGGAAGUGGGAGCUCCUCCUCCUCCUCCUCUGCCCAGUACUACUCCAGUAGCUCUCAGGUGAUGAUGAACUCUGAUUCCUCUGAAACGGAGGGCCGCAGCGAGGGCCACAGGCAGCUGGUGAAGUAUUCCCCGCGCGGCUCCCUCUCCGACAUGUCCGACGGCUCGUCCAGGGACAGCCCGGACCCCAUGCCCUUCGAGAUCAAGCAGGAAGGCGACAGGCUGGAGAUGGACAGGCUGGAGAUGGACAUCGUCAACGGCACCACCACGCAGAUUAUGUUCAACAUCCGCAGCGGCGUGGCCCCCUUACCCACGCACCACCAUAUUCAGGAGAUGGAUGCGGUGUAUCACAGCCAGAAGCAGCAGCAGCAGCAGCAGCAGCAGCAGCAGCACUCCCUCCUCCAACCACAACCCCAUCAGGAGUCUGUUACCUCCAUCAAGGCUAAUCCCCACCCUGCCCAGAGGAGUGUCAUCCUCUACGGCUCCAGCAGCACUUCCUAUCCGGUAGAUAACGCGUCCAGGCCUCAGGAAGCGGAGCUCCAGGCCGCCUCCAAACAGAGCGGCGAGAGCGGCCAGACCUGUGUCAGCCAAGCGCCGCAGUCCAUCAGCGAGAGCUCGUCAGAGAGUCUGGCCGAGGUGACCAGGCAACUGGACAGGAAGACGUUAGACUCCCCUCCGUACGAGCUGUCGGACGGAUGCGACGACGACGCCAAAGAGAGACAGAUGUACCGAGUGUGCCAGCUUUCCCAGCACCAGCGCGAGCAGGAGCAGCAGCAGCAGCACCAGCGGGAGAGCGACUCUCCUGCAGAGUUCCUCAGCGAGCAAGUGGAGGGAGUCAGCCACUCCCAUCUGUACCAUCACCUCUCACAGCUUCAUCAUUCAUACCUCAGCACACAAGACGAGGAGCCCCCCGUGCUCAGCUACGAAGGCGGGCCAAGAACUGAUGCUUAUUACCGAAGCCAGUCCACCUCUUACAGCAAGGACACGACUUCUAGCGAGGGCGACAAAGAUGUCUCCACGGACGAAGAGGAAUCCCCCUCUUUGUCCUGCUCGGACAUGGGCGGCUCCCAGAACCAGCAUCUGUCCAGCGUUCUCCACCCGGCCUCCUCCAUGUCCCAGUACUCCGGCUGCCCGCAGGGCCAGGGCUGGGAUCCUCAGGGGGAGGUGCGGGGGACGGCACUGCCCCACAAACUGAGACUCAAACACAGAGCCAUGAGCACGGGGAGCAGCGGCGGCAGCAGCGGCGGCAACUGCUCCGGCCAGGAGUCCCCGACUUCCCCUCCGUCUGCGACGCCGCCUCCCUUCCCCCAGCACCCGUACCUGUCCCUCCCGAUCACACAGAACAUUUCACGGGAGAGCCCGAGCACGGUCUGCAGACAGGAGGUGUCGGGGGUCGGGGCAAGGACGGUAAGCACGAAAAAAGACAAUGGUGGACGACGAAUCAAGAGGCGAGAUUAGGUGAAAUUCACUUAAGAACUUAAGGACACAACGUCUCCUCUAAGAACUACCCUACCGCCAUGCCUUCGCCCUACAACAGACUGUCCUCCUCAAGCCCCGGGCGCAGGGCUGGACGUAUCGUAGGACUGUAUCAUACGUGUAUAUAUUGUACAGUUUUGUCAUUUCGUACAUCCUCUCCAUACUUACAGAAGCACUUUUGUUUAUGUGAUGAGAGGAGGGAUGGAACGCCAGGUUUUUUAUACUUUUGUCAUUCAACACAGUACAAGAGAGUGCGUCAGUGAAAGAAAGCACAUUUUGAUAAUUCAGAAAAAGGAAUGUAGAAGUAAUUUGGUACAUAUCCAGCUGUAGAUAUGGCUCUCUGCCUUAACUAAAAAUCAAAUGCAAACGUAAACCGGGGACUGCCCCUCGACCAAAGAAGCACCAAUACUACCAACACUACACACAUUGAGUUCCAUACCUCUUCCCAGACCCUACCUCUCCCAGCCCGUACUCUCCCCCGCCAUCUUUUUCAUGACAAAAAUUCACCAUCAUCUUUAUUUUUCAAGGACUUGUUUUGUAUAUAACUGUGAUAUAUGUAUCUACUAUAAACAUAUAUUUUGGAAAGAAGUUUGGAUACAAAUUCAACAAAACUCCACUUCCCUGCAGUUAUGUAGCAAUCUGCCGUUGCUACAGAACCCAUUAAAACGAAAACGUCUCUCUUGAUUGUUAAUAUUUGGUAUUGUUUUGUUAAUUGGUACCCUGUUUACACAGAAACGGUCGUCCACUUUGGACUGCCAGCAGCACUGAAUGGAGAACGCGUUGUCUGUUCCCUGAGGCCGUUGGUCUCAUUAAAAACGUUUGGAUUUAUAAACCUUUAACAAGCCUUUAAAUAUUUGGUGGAAUUCACCAGCUGCAGGCUGUGAGCCUCGAGUUUAUUUGAGCUUUAUCAAUCACCCUGUGUCGUUGUUACCAUUCAGUAGUUCAAUGUAUUUAUUUCCCUACCCUUUAACUUACCCAUCCUUGUAUAAAAAGAAGAUGAUGAUGAAGAAAAAAAAAAGGCCCAAGGGAACAUAGAUGGGGAAUGUGUACAGACCUUUUUCAGUACGUGUUGCAGCCUGGAGGGUCAACUUUCAUGUUGUCAUGGGAUGUUUGGGAUGAAUGUAGUCCCAUUUAUGUACACACACUACAGUGCACUGAGUUCACGAGGGGUUUUCAUGCGUGAAGGCCGAGGCAAGGAGCCCUGCAUAGCUACUGUUUAUCUUCAUUUCAGUGAAACCUGGUUUUUGUAGUGUGACCAAACAUGAGGAAUUGGAUAUUUGAGUUUAAACACAGCAAAUUUGCCGACCCUCCAACAGGAGCCGGAGGUAAACUUCUUAAUCCCGAGCUUCCCUUGUUUCUCACGUGCCUUCAUUUUUGCUUUUCAUGGGUCAUUCAUCCCUUUUUCUCAUAGUAGUCGAUGAAUUGCCUUCACUGGAUUAUAGUUUUAAUGUCUACGUACCAUUAUCUGGCUUUUUGGUGCUUGUGUAUAAAUGUAAAGUUUCACAAACACUGUAAUGUUUAUUUUUCAUUGUUUUAUAUGUUCUUUUUUAGUCUAGAUGAUGUUUUGUUUUCCUCUAUGCUGUGUCUUUUCUCCCACUGACUGUGAUGACAUAUAUUAGCCUCAUUCCCGCGUCCCCCUCUCCCCACCUUCUCAGUGUGUAUUAAUCGGAAAUAUUUGUGGUUUUUCUGAUGGUUUUUGAAAAUGGAAAAGAAAAAAAAAAACACAAAAAAAAAAACUGUCAAUGAUGGUGUGCUGUUCAGAGGUGGGUGGUGGUUGGUCUGGUUGCUCAUUGCCAUCGCUUCCUUUUGACAUGAAUAUGUAUGUAAAGACACUAAUGUUCAUUGUGGAAGAUUGGAGCAAGGAAAAUAAAGAAAAAAACCAACAUAACAUGUUGGUCUGAACAUAUCAAGAAA